AUGGUCAACCCAGCAUACUACCCGGAUGGGAGACGAUAUAGCCGCGUCGACCCGACAUACGUCUACCCGGAACGGCAGCAACGACAUCACUCGCAUUCUUCAGAAGCGCGGACAUCGAACAUGGCUGAACGAGAGACUGACACGGAUACACCUCCCCGCAAGCGCAUUGCCGUCGCUUGUGGCCGUUGCCGGAAGCGCAAGAUCCGCUGCAGCGGAGACACUGGCAACGGACUUCCAUGCCAGAACUGCAAGGCCGCUGGCAACGAGUCCUGUAUGUUUUUACGAGUCGCCUCAACAGAAGCUCCGUGGGUAUCUACCGAUCAAACAUUCACAUACGAUCUCAAAACUGCUCGAGCAUACGCCCACACCGCCAUGGCCUCACCCCUGAACUCGUCCCCGCCUCACCACUACACCUCCGAUAUCCACGACGGCCUCCCCCGCUACUCGUCAACAUCAGCCAGCUACUACGGCGGAAAGUACUACGCAUCGCCCGCGACGAUGCCCAGUUGGUCCGCCACACCGGGCUACUCAGACGACACCGUGGACUACAGCCCCGCCGCGGUGGCCUCCAUGGGAUACCCGUACUCUUACCAGCAGCCCUCGGAUACGAGCUACUACUACCGCGUAAACCCCACCGCAAAGGUCGCCGCAGCGGCACCGAGCGCAGAUGACUUGUACGUCAACACGGCGGACGCUGUAGCGGCGGCGGGAUACGCCUACGGCAGCAACGCCGGAGCUGUCACGCAGCUUCCCCACCGGCCCGCCGCAGCCGUGACAGCGGCGGCAGCAGCAGCAGCGGUGCAGCAGCAAAGCGAGAAUCAGAACUUCUCCUUCACCGGCGUCGCCGCGUCCUUGCCCCCGGCCGGUGGCGACCGUCGACUCCCUGACCCGGCUACGCGUCAACCUGUCGCCAAUACCAAUGUCCUGGCCUACCGUACAGAAGGCGCCGCCCCUACCUCGUCCUCUACGGCAUCGACAUCGACAAAGUCUUCGGGUAGCCCGACGUCUCAGCCCUCCCCAAUUUCAGACGUGACAACAAGCUACACUACUUCGGGCCCCAGCGGCUCAGGAAGCUUCGAGACGUCGCCCGUGUCAGCGUACCCUCCGCCCUCGCACACCGUCCCGUCCAUGGCGCAGCAGCAGCAGCAGCAGCAGCGUAUCUCCCACGCCGCCGAGAUGGCGGGAUACCCGCCGUCCGCGACCACGAGCGGCGGCAGCGAGCCCAUCUUCAGUGCCACGGAAACGAGUCUCCGAUCAGCGUCUGAUUCCGACUUGAGCUACAAGUACACCGACUCGUCCACCGCGCCGUCGGGGGUAAGCAGGGAUGGCAGCGGCCGUCGCGGAAGCGGCGAGACUACGAGCUCCACCUCCUCUUCGUCCUCUGCCACGCCCGUAGGCGGAGGCGGCUCGCUUUCCAAUGGGCAGCAGUAUACCGUCACCACGCAGCCGCCGGGCAUGUACGCUUCCGUGGGUCAUCAUGGACGGCAUCAUAUCGGGCAGUAUAUGCUCUCUGAGGAGGUCGCGGCCGAGCAGCAUAAUCAUCAGCAUCACGGCCAUCACCAUGGUCACGGUCACAGCCACCAUCACUCGGGUCGUAGGCCUGCGGGUGGCUUGUCCGCUUCCUAG